AUGGACUUGAAAGCUCCUCCCGCUCUAAACCUCCCGCCAGAUGAAGACCCUCCCAGCUAUGCACCAGCCAGCUAUAAUACAGCCAAUGUAGGGCCCCACAUCCUAACCGAUGAGAAGGCAUACGACGCCGUUAGUAUCGGCUCCGUCAUCUCGCAGGCCCCGGGCUUCAACCCGACGAUCCACCUGGCCAUUGAGACGCUAGGCUUUGACCUUAACGUUUUCAACUCGCGCAACUGGAACGGCGACCAGGCUAUUCCCGUGUUUCGCAUGCAUCCAGGCGCAACGCCUGACUUGCCCUUUGAGCGCGCCGAGCAGCCCGAGUACAUCUCGGUGCGGCCCAAGAAGAACUCCAACUCGUGCGCCCUAGUACGCGGCGAUGACCCGGCGCAGACCCCCCUGAUCUCCACAGUCUACCGAUGGGGGCCUGGCCGUGACCCGCACAUGCGCAUCUACGGACCUAACGAGCAAAUCUCGGUUGCCGAUGCCGUCGACAAGGACAAGCAUAUAGCCAACGAGUUCGAGGUCAAGACGCAUUUCAUCACCUCGCGCUCCGCUAGCAUGGUCUCACCGUUUGGCAAGUUCGAGUGGCGCUAUGGUAAGAGGUCGGAGAAAAAGGAGUAUGCUGCCGAUUCGCUGCUGGUCUGCGACCGGCUUGACUCACCCAAUGCCCCCACCAAUGCUUCUUCGUCGUCCAAGAAGGACUCGCGCGUCCGGAUCGCUCAGCUGAUUAGAAAUGAAGAGUACCGUGCGCAGGGCUCGAAGAAGAGAUGGGUUGGCGGCAAUGGCGGGCGUUUGAUGCUCGAUCUUGGAGAUUGGGUGGGCCGGGAGAAGAGUGGUGUUGUCGAGGAGGUUGAGGCGGUACUUGUUGCGGGAUGUCUACUCAUGUUAAAGCGAGAGACGGACCGCCAGAAGGACAACCAGCUUGCUGCUAUCACUUGA